CAGCCACCACCAUCUGACUGGCACCCUGGUCUCCACCAUGCUGGCCUCAGGCAUGCUGCUGGUGGCCGUGCUGGCCUGUCUGACUGUCCUGGUGUUGAUGUCUGUCUGGCGGCAGAGGAAGCUGGCGGGAAAGCUGCCUCCAGGCCCCACGCCAUUGCCUUUCCUUGGAAACUAUCUGCAGCUCAACACGGAGCAGAUGUACGACUCUCUCAUGAAGCUAAGGGAUCGCUUCGGCCCCGUGUUCACGGUUCACCUGGGCCCUCACCGGGUCGUGGUGCUGUGUGGCCAGGAUGCUGUGAAGGAGGCACUGGUGGAUCAGGCCGAGGAGUUCAGCGGGCGCGGGGAGCAGGCCACCUUCAACUGGUUCUUCAAAGGCUAUGGUGUGGCCUUCAGCGAUGGGGAGCGCGCCAAGCAGCUGAGGCGCUUCUCCAUCACCACACUGCGGGACUUUGGUGUGGGCAAGCGUGGCAUUGAGGAGCGCAUCCAAGAGGAGGCGGGCUUCCUCAUCCAGGCACUGCGGGACACUCGCGGCACCUUCAUUGACCCCACCUUCUACCUGAGCAGAACCGUCUCCAAUGUCAUCAGCUCCAUUGUCUUUGGGGACCGCUUCGACUAUGAGGACAAGGAGUUCCUGUCUCUCCUGGAAAUGAUUCGGAGCAGCUUCCAGUUCACAGCCACCUCCACCGGCCAGCUCUAUGAUAUGUUCUACUCCAUCAUGAAUCACCUGCCGGGACCACAGCAACAGGCCAUUAAGGAGCUGCAGGGGCUGGAGGAUUUCGUCACCAAGAAGGUAGAGCAGAACCAGCGCACCCUGGAUCCCAACUCCCCGCGAGACUUCAUUGACUCCUUCCUCAUCCGCAUGCUGGAGGAGAAGAAGAACCCCAAUACGGAAUUCCACAUGAAGAAUCUGGUGCACACCACCCUGAACCUCUUCUUUGCGGGCACGGAGACUGUCAGCACCACCUUGCGUUAUGGCUUCCUGCUGCUCAUGAAACACCCAGAUGUGGGGGCCAAAGUCCACGAAGAGAUUGAUCGGGUCAUUGGCAAAAACCGGCAGCCAAAGUUUGAGGACCGAGCAAACAUGCCCUACACAGAGGCUGUGAUUCACGAGAUCCAGAGAUUUGGAGACAUUAUUCCCAUGGGGCUGGCCCGCAGGGUCACAAAGGACACCAAGUUCCGGGAGUUCCUUCUGCCCAAGGGUACCGAAGUGUUCCCCAUGCUGGGCACUGUGCUUAAAGACCCCAAGUUCUUCUCUAACCCCCGAGAUUUCAACCCUCACCACUUCCUGGAUGACAAUGGACGGUUUAAGAAGAAUGAUGCUUUUGUCCCCUUUUCCAUCGGAAAGCGGUAUUGUUUUGGAGAAAGCCUGGCUAGAAUGGAGCUCUUUCUCUUUGUCACCACCAUCAUGCAGAACUUCCGCUUCAAGUCCACCCAGGCUGCCCAAGACAUCGACGUGUCCCCCAAAUAUGUGGGCUUUGCCACAAUCCCACCAACCUAUACUAUAAGCUUCCAGCCUCGCUGACCCCAGAGCUGAGCUGGGGGAGGGGGAAAGAAGGGGAUG